AAGUUUUCUAAACUGGUGGACCUAAACAUAACCUUUAUUGAUGUUUUUUCGUGUUUUUGUGUGGUUUUAAGGGUUGUUUUUGAUGAUCAUUAAUUUUCAUUGAGGAAUUGAGACUUCAGGGUGUUUCAAGUUUUCAAGUAUAUCUUUGGUUUGGAUUUCUUGGUAGUUCAGGUUGUUGAGUAAAUUAAACUGUAGUUGAAACAACACUGCAGGAAGACCUUUUUGAACCUACAAGUUAUUGUUCAAUAUCUUCCAAAAUGGGUAGUAUGGUGCAUUGUCAGCUAUGGAUGGGCAGCCUGGAGCCCUACAUGACUGAAACCUUCAUUCUCACAGCAUUCAGAAAAAUGGGCGAGGCUCCUAUGAGUGUGAAGGUAAUGAGAAAUAAAUUCACUGGAGAACCGGCAGGCUAUGCCUUUGUGCACUUCGCAAACGAUGAAGAAGCUAUUGAUGCUAUGCAUAAAUUGAAUUCCAAGCCUAUCCCUAAUACAAACCCAAUGGUUCGAUUCAGAUUGAAUAAUGCCAGUAACACUGGCAGAUCACUUAUUGAUAGGGAAUUCUCAGUUUGGGUGGGUGAUUUGAGCCAUGAUGUUGAUGAUUAUAACUUGUACAGGGUGUUUUCUUCAAAAUAUAACACUAUCAAAACUGCAAAAGUUAUAUUGGACAACAGUGGGUUCAGUAAAGGAUAUGGUUUUGUAAGAUUUGGAAGUGAAGAAGAAAUGAAAGAUAGCUUGAUAUCAAUGAAUGGCUAUAUUGGACUUGGGACAAAGGCUUUGAAAAUAUGUAAUGCAGUUCCUAAACCUAAAGGGGCACUUACUCCUGGCAGUUCUACUGGCACAAAUUCAGCUACUUCCAAUGGUGGGACUGACUAUAGCCAAUAUUAUGAUCCCACUACAUAUUGGCAAAACUAUGCUAAUUGGCAAACACAAGGAUACUUUGACCCAUCAGAGCAUCAAGUUGCUAAUGAUGGUUCUAGUGUAGCAAUGGAAACAAAAAGGGAGGAUGAUUUGGAUCUCAUAGAACACUCUGCACCUGUUGAUGUGGAUAAGAUGAAUAGAGAAAGGCUAGAUGCAGACUGUAACUUGUGGGAUGCCCUAGAAAGUUCCAAAUGGUUACCCUGUGACAUGUUAGAGGUUGCCUGAUGGUACAAAUAAUUCCAGGGGUCAUACAUUUCAUAGGAUUAAUAAUACUUAUAGAUAUUCAAGUGUAUUUUUUUGUAUGAUGUGAUUCUGAUUUGGUAUUCUGUGAGAAUAUGUAGGUACAUUAUAUAUUCCAGUUUUAAUGGUAUUAAAAUGUUCCAAGUGCAUACCUAG